CUGCCUGGAUGGUUGUUGCCGAAUCACGAGUCAGUCCCCUUUCUUCCUUCCCUGCUUCCAGGCUGAGGUGGAGUGUGCACUUUCCACUUCAGACCCUCCAUCCCCGGGAUUGGAGCAGCGAGCUGUCUCCCCGCACAGCCACCAGAUCCCCCUGAGGGUCUGUCGUCUGAGAUCCCGAGGGGGUGCCCAGCAGGUCCACCUGGUGCUGGCUAAGCAGGGUCGUGCCUUAAGGAGGUGCAGCCUCGAGGCUGAGAACAGACACGGGGAGGACAUGGGAGUGGCUCCCGCCCCCAGCAUCGUCGCUGAAGUGGCACAAGCUGCCCCUCAAGGGCGCGGAGCUUGGGAGACAAGAAGAGGCUGGUUCUGGGGGCCUCUUCUCCUGCUGCCAUGCGUGGAGCGUCCAGAAGCCACCUCUCCACCUGGGCGAGGUGUUACCCUGUCUAGGCCGCUGUGCCCUCCUCACGGAGGGGCACGCCCCGGCCCCGUCACCAGGCUCUCCUCUGGUCCCUGUGGGGUGGGGGCACGUGAGCCCACCGGGAAUGGUGAUGGGCGUUUUCCCUCGCAGCGCUUCUGUCCCCAAGAGCUCCCACCUGCCAAGGGCCUCCCCUGUGGGGCCACGCUGGCCUCCCAUGUGCAGGACACCGCCCUGUGCCGGCAGAGCCCUCUCCAGCCCUCCCCUGCGUGGCCGGAGAUCACACCCCAUUCUUCCACUUGGGAGAUGUUCUGUGGGUCUGUGCACAGGAAAUGGGCGGUUCCGUUGAAGGAGUGGGCUCCCUGCUUCCCACUGAAGGAACCUCGGCUCCCUCAUGCGAGGACAAACGACCAUCCUGCGCGGUACCCGCCUUAUGGAUGUGUGCUCCUGAGCGUGACGCCGAAGGCCCCUCCCGGCUGCUCCCCAGACGGCCCUCGCUCCAGCCGCCUUUCCUAGUUCCUGAUGCA